GUGUUGUGCUAACGGCUAACAGUUAGCAUCACGUCUGUCACCGCGGACCUGUUUCACCAACACGGACCUGGGUUUUUAUCCACGGCUGCUCGGUUCACAGUGAGGCAUCAUCAUGGAGUCGACGGAGAGCAAAUACGCUCACCUGCUGCAGCCAAUCAGGGAGCUCACCAAAAACUGGGAGAUCGACGUGGCGUCUGAGCUAAAUGACUAUUUAGAGGAGUUGGAUGACAUGUGCAUCACGUUCGAUGGAGGCAAAACCAGACUGAACUUUGCAGAAGCGGCGCUGCUGAUCCAGGGCUCUGCCUGCAUCUACAGCAAAAAGGUGGAGCUCCUGCACAGUCUGGUUUACCAAACUCUGGAGUACAUCAACGACAAAAAUAAGAAACGAAACAAAGAAACGGCAGCGUCUCAGGAGGACGACGCAAACGGGGCGGCGAGCGCCCACGACGCUGAUGACGUGGCUGUGUUCACUCCUCUGGACAUCGACGUCUCAGAGGACUCAUCCAAGUCUGACUCCAACACGACUGUGAGUGUCGCUCCUCUUCCUCCUGAGUCUCUGAUUCCUCCUGAAACCUCCGAAAAGAACAAACUCCCGCUCAUCAGCGUGAAAGGUGACGUCCUGUGCAGUCAGAAGGACUUCAGGAUGAACCUCUUCAUCCCUGGAGACGAGGACAUGAUCCUCCUCACGUUCGGAUCAGCUGCCUCCAGGUUUCUGUGUGACGAAGAUGGCCAUCCUGCAGACUCUCUGCAGCAGCAUCCGGAUGUGUUCGUAGCUCCGCUCGAUGCUGCGGCGGCAGAUGUCGAAGAUAACGGCGGUGCUGCAGAGAACUUUCUUCCUUUAGAGGACAAUAACAUGGAGCUGGACGGGGACGUCCCAGAGGAGCACGUGGACAGACAGCAGGCUCCGACUGAAGGCAGGAUGAUCAGAGAGAGACGACAGGUCGACGCCAACAAACCCACGAGGACGGAGGAGACGCCGCCUGCUGUGAACGUGUGGACGUUUCAUGACCCGUACGCCGUCCUCGGGGAGGACAAACCCUUUAAAUCAGGAAAAUGCUACAAGGUUCCUGACGGUCUGGACGAUGGAGGAAAGAGGAAGAGAAAGCGACCUGGUUCACUUCAGGACUUCAGGAGCUGGUUCAGAGGAACCUUCGAUCCUCCGGAGCACAAGUUAAAAAACGGACCCACGUUUACAGACCUGAACUACAUUUAUUUGACGACAAUGAAAGACAAACUGAGGACACGGAAGAGGACGUACAGGAGAGAGGGCGUGAUGGUCUCUGAUGAUGAUCUGAGGAGGACGUUCCUGCAGCCGGAAGAGGCGGGGCCACAGCAGCAGGGGGAGGAGCCUGUGGAUGGAUUCAGACACCCUGACCUGCUGGGUAAAAACUGAC